AGAACACUCCAAGAAUGAGUUAGCGGCAGCUCCAUUCUGAACCGUCCGGGAAACGUCGGGCAGCUCCAUCUGAACAUUCCGGCGAGCAUCGAGCGGAAGAUUGACUUUCAAAAUUUUCCUCCAAUAACACAGUGCUCCAUCAGAUAUGAAGAUCUGAGAAUGAGUGCUCUCCCAAAAUGUUUUUAAGGCUCCGCCACUGCUUCCUUCCCAAAAAUCUCAAGCCUCCUUCACCUCCGAAAGCAAAAAAACUUCCUUUCCUAUUAGAUACUUGGAAGAUUUGGAGCGUUGCAUCUCUCCUACAUAUCCUUCCACGAUGACAAGCCAAUUGCCUCAUGCUUAUCUCUUCUCUCUUAGUUGUCUUCCUCAUUUGAACGAUCAUCAGUCCCAAGUGUCGGACCGAGAGGCCAAAGAAAAGCAGCUGAGGGAAGGAGGACCGGAAAAACAGGUGCUGAGCGGACGCAGAAAGGCAAGGCGAGCAUGUGCUGGCCAAGUGAAUGCGGAGGCGCUAGGUACUGACAUCGCCUAAGAGAAGAGACCAGACGAAUUAAUACUGUUGAUUUCUCUGUUUCCACUUCACGCUUUGGCAUUGUGGAGCUAGUUUAAGACUUAUGAAAAGAUCAAGGUCACCCCGAUAUUCCGACUGGUCGGAUUAUGAGGAUGCUGAAGAAGCACCUUCUUCAUCGUCCACCCCACCAGUGAGGGAAGAUGGUUUCCAGUAUGAUGUGUUUCUGAGCUUUAGGGGACCGGACACUCGCAACCGGUUCACCGGCCAUCUCUAUCAAGCAUUGCAAGACAAGGGCAUCCACACUUUCAUCGACAGUGAGAAGUUGGAGAAGGGUCAGAAGGUGGAGAAGCUAUUUGGGUACAUAGAGAGAUCCAAAAUAUUUGUGCCCAUCUUUUCCAAAGGCUAUGCUGAUUCAGAGUGGUGUUUGAAAGAAAUAACCAAGAUGGUGGAGUGCAAGAGGCUCAUCAUACCAGUCUUCUUUGAUGUCGAGCCAAGAGACGUCCGUGGUCUAUCCGGCCCUUUUGAACCAGCAUUCACAAGAUACGGUGGAAAUUAUAUAACAAACAAGGAGGAGGUGAGGAAGUGGAGAAAUGCUCUGAUAGAAGCAGGGAAAGUCUCAGGGUAUAACUUGGCCAAUACUGAUGGAUACGAGGCGAGGUUGAUCAAACUCAUCGUGAAGAGGAUCUUGACUGAAGUAAACAAGACCCCUCUAUUUGUAGCUAAACAUCGAGUAGGUCUAGAUUCUCGUGUUGCGGAGUUGGUGGAGAUGCUGAAGGUUGACGCCCAAAAUGAUGUCAAAAUGGUUGGGAUCCAUGGGAUGGGUGGCAUCGGCAAGACGACUCUUGCUAGGGCUGUCUAUAACCAAAUCUGUCCACAUUUUGAUGCUUCUUCCUUCAUUUCAGACGUUAGAGAAGCAGCAAAACAGUCCAAACUCUUUUCCCUCCAAGAACAGCUGCUUCGGGAUGUGUUCAAGGAUGAAGAAGUGAAAGUAAAUGACACCGCCCAUGGAACUGGCAUGAUCAUAGAGCGAAUUAAGAGUAAGAAGGUUCUGCUUGUUCUCGACGACGUUGAUAGCGAACCACAACUCGGUGCUUUGGCCGGCAGCGUGGAUUGGUUUUGCUUUGGGUCUAGAAUCAUCAUCACUACCAGAAAUAAGCGGGUGCUGAUUGGGCCUUUAAGAGUGGAAAAUGUGUAUGAGCUUAAGGUGCUAGAUGAUAUCCAAUCACUUCAGCUUUUCUGUUGGCACGCAUUUGGGAAAGAGGAGCCAAAAGCCGAAAUUGCAGAGUUGUCAAAGAAAGUUGCAAAUACUGCUGCUGGGCUGCCACUAGCCCUUGAAAUAUUCGGUUCACAUUUCUUUUGUUUGGAAACAAAUAAAGAACGAGAAGACAUGUUGAAAAAGUUGAAGAAAAAUCAAGAUGAAGGUAUCCAUGAGAGGUUGAAGAUAAGUUUUGAUGCGCUUGGUGAAGAAGAAAAAACAGUAUUUUUAGAUAUAGCAUGCUUCUUUAUUGGGAAAGAUAGAGAUUUUGCGACUUUCAAGUGGAAAGAUAUUUUCCCAGAUUUAACAAUCAAAUUCUUAAUGCACAAGUCUCUAAUAAAUAUAAAUGAAGAUACGGGACAGUUUGAAAUGCAUGACCAUAUCCGAGACAUGGGAAGGAAAAUUGUGGAAGAUGAGAGCCGUUCAGAUCCAGGAAUGCGCAGCAGGUUGUGGAAGAAAGAUGACAUACUAUAUGUACUGGAAAACAAGAGGGGAACAGAAAAAAUUGAAGCCAUCGAUAUCUCUUGUCUAUCGAAAGAUUCUGUGGAUGUGGACGCAGAGUCCUUUGCAGGAAUGUCUCAGCUUAGAAUGCUUCGGUUGGAGAACGUGACAUUGAGAGGAGAAUAUGGACAUUUUCCUAGGACACUCAAAUGGUUGAAUUGGAAUCCACGGUACUUGGAUUCAUUGCCUAGCACCCUUCCUCUUGAGAAUAUUGUUGUUCUCGACUUAUCAGAAAGUUCUAUAACUCAACUAUGGAACCACCACGGAUUUAGAGAGACCAAGGUGUUUGGCCAGUUAAAAGUACUAAAUCUCAGAGAAUGCGUGAACCUCACCAUUUGUCCAGAUUUUACGACCAUGCAACAUCUAGAGAUAUUGGAUCUUCUUGAUUGUCGAAAGAUGACUGAACUUCAUCCAGGUAUUGAGUAUCUCAAGAACUUGACUCACUUGUCUUUGUUGGGAUGCACAUCACUAAAAGAACUCCCUCAAGGAGUUUGGCAAUUGACAUCGCUUGAAGAGCUUGAUGUCAGCGAGUGCUCUCAAAUUACAGCUUUGCCAUCACAGUUGAUGGAUUCUAAGUCAUUGAAGCAGCCCUUGCUUGGCAAAUUAAAAGUCAUGAAUCUCGAUUCCUGCAAGAACCUUACAGUUUGUCCAAAUUUUACGUGCAUGCCAAAUAUAGAGAAAUUGAAUUUUGGAUAUUGUGCUAAAAUGACUGAACUUCAUCUAUCUAUUGGGCAUCUCAAGAACUUGACUCACUUGUCUUUGUGGGGAUGCGAAUCACUAAAAGAACUGCCUGAAGAAGUUUGGCAAUUGACAUCGCUUGAAGAGCUUGAUGUCAGUGGGUGCUCUCAAAUUACAACUUUUUCAUCACACUUGCUAGAUUCUAAGUCAUUGAAGUGGCCCUUGCUUGGCAAAUUAAAAGUCAUGAAUCUCUUUUCCUGCAUCAACCUUACCAUCUGUCCAGAUUUUACGCGCAUGCCAUAUAUAGAAAAUUUGAAUUUUACAUAUUGUGAGAAGUUGACUGAACUUCAUCCAUCUAUUGGGCAUCUCAUGAGCUUGACUCACUUGAAUUUGAGAGGAUGUGGAUCACUAAAAGAAUUGCCUAAAGAUGCUUGGCAAUUGACCUCACUUGAAAAUCUUGACCUCCGUUAUUGCUGUAAAGUUGCAACUUUGCCAUCACAAUUGGGAAACUCGGGGCGACUGAAGUGGCUCUUUCUUGAUGGCACCAUCAUAAUAGCAUUGCCUGAAUCCAUAAGACACUUGAAGCAACUGAAGCAUUUGUCUCUGAACGAGUGUCGCUUGUUGAAAGAAAUACCUGAAUGGAUUCAUUCGUGUAUCAGUCUUGAAAAACUAGAAGCUGCAAAAUGCUUAUGUCUUGCAUCUUUGCCCAACGCACUUGGCAACCUGAGGAGGUUGAGGAAUCUUGAUUUGAGUUGGACUGCUAUUAAAGAGUUACCAUGCUCCUUCAAGUCACUAGAGAAGCUUGACUGCCUAUUAGUUACUGGUUGUGAACUGCUAAAAUUCUUGCCUCAGCUACCACCUUCUCUUACCAUACUUGAUGCAAAAUAUUGCUAUGAAUUGGAAGUGAUAGCAGAUGUCUCAAAUGCAGAAAAAUUACAGGAAAUGAAUCUAAGCGGCUGCAAAAACCUUGUGGAUGUUCUUGGCAUUGAGCAGUUGAGAUAUUUAAAGACAGUGAAGCUUAGAGGAUGUAGAAGUCUUUCCAUCUCUCUCAAGGAAAGAGUUCAGGAGGCAAACUUUCAUAUUUUGGAGGGCUUCACCUUCCCUGGAAGCAUCGACGAGUCGUCAGAUGCAUCAUCUGACUAAGUAGAGGACAUUCGAGAGACUGGUAGAUUGGGUUGUGUUGGAUCCCCUCCAUGUGGAGGAUCCAAAUCCAAGUGAAGGACGAAAACUUUACCGAGGACGAUGAUUUUCAUUUCAAGUAACAAGAGAGGAUGUUAAGGAGAUCAGAAAGCUUUCAUUUCUUGUUUGAGGCUUUUUUUUUUUUUUUUGCCUUGUUUCUGUUUUGUGAAGAUUGGAGCAAGAGAAGAAAGGAUUUAUAUGUAUAUAUGAUGGUCCUGUUGUUGUCAUCGUCGUGAAUUUUGGCUUACCAUGGAACCUAUAUAUUUCCCAUAUAUAUAGAUACAAAUUUGUGCUCCAACAAUUAGUCGGUUACAUUUGUG